GCUCUCUCCAUCCCAAUUAAUGCACCUAGAAGAUACCCUUCUUAUCUCAAUUCCUAGAGAGCUUCACUAUCAAAGCAUCAAUAAUUUCACAAACUCAUUCUCCUCUCUUCUCCUCAGCUCAAAUGGCACCCCCAUUGCCAAAACAGCUAGGACAGUUCCUCCAAGAACAACAAGAACCUUUCACCUUACAACUCUACCUUCUUGAGAGAGGCCAUGUAACCUGCAACUCCCCUAACUCACCAAAUUCUUGCAAGUUCUUGAAGGGAACAAAUUUGCUCCCAAGAUGUCUACACCUUGUGAAGGCUGUUCUUGGCAAGCUUUCCCUCAUCGACGCCACCCCGAAAAUCAAGAAAACCCAAGAUUCUACUGAGAGUGACUGCAAUUCCUCUUCUGCUACAAGUGAUGCAGAAGAUGCUGGUCAUCAAACAAGAAUCAGCUCUACCCUUCAUGGGAAACAGGUUGUUGCAGACAGAAAGGUGAGAGCCAACUGUGGUGAAGAUAGUAAGCAACUCAGCCCAGUCUCAGUUCUUGAAGAAACAGAAUCCUCUGAGGACGAUGAUGAUGAUGAUGAUGAUUAUGAUGAAUGUUUUGUGGGCAUGUCGGAUGGGACAAAUCUUCUUCCUCCAGUGUACAGCAAGAACAUGGUUGCCAGACAACAAAGUGGGAGAACCUUGGAUUCAGAUAAACUAUGGAAGCUGAUAUGUGAGAGCAUAGUGAUGUGGAGCCAAGAUUCAGUUGAUGAAACUAACAUCAACCAUCUGGUUCUUUCUGAUUUCAUGGCUUCUGGCAAAGAAUGGAGGGGUGUUGGUGAAGUUCAGGGAAAGGAAAUUGGGGUGGGGAUUUGUGGUAUACUUUUGGAGGAUAUUUGCUGUGAAAUUGUGAGGGAUUUGAUCAGUUUUGGUGCAUGAAAUGUAAUGCUUAUUAGUUGCAUACAAUUGAGAAUGCCCUUGUUUCACCAUCACCGAAUUAUAUUAGCUGUUUUGACGAGGCCGAAAUUAGAAUAGCAGUUUGCGGGAAAAUGUUUUGUAAAAUUAGUUAUUUACAGUUAGUAGUUAAAAGGUAAAAAGACACAAAACAUCAAUUGUAAGUUUAGUGUUGUAAAUUAAUAUACUCUUUUAUCUUGUUU